GGAGGUGGGGGUCACAUGGGCGCACAGUAGAGAACGUAGCGAUAGGAACAAAAACUCCGAAACGAGACCUGACGUCCGUCCUGUAGGGGUUAGUACAUCAGAGCAGCAAGUGAGGAGGGGAGGAAAACAAAACAAACAAACAGCUGAGAACAAGAGAAGAGAAGAGAAGAGGAGUGACCGCUAUUGGACAGAAGAAGAGAGGAGCAGCAGAACAGAGAGGGAGGAGAAAGGGAAAAGAGAUAAGAGUGUGACAAACGGCGAGGGUUCACAUGGUGUGAAAAUGCCCACUAAUUUCACUGUGGUCCCGGUGAAGGACAGCGAGAGGAAGGCAACAGAGGGGGAUGAAGAGGAGGAUGUGGAUGACAACACCAGCGUGUUUAACGGGGAUGAGGAGGAAGCCACAGGUGACGGCGUUCCAAAGGAAAACAGUCCCUUUAUCAACAACACAGACAAUGACAAAGGCGGCAGCUAUGACGGCACCAACAUGGCUCUUUUUGAGGAGGAAAUGGACAGCAACCCUAUGGUGUCAUCUCUCCUUAAUAAACUGGCAAACUACACCAAUCUCACCCAGGGGGCACAAGAGCAUGAGGAAGCUGAUGAAGAUGAAGGGCCCAAGAAGAAAGCUGUUAAGAGCCCUCAGAUGGGGACCUUCAUGGGCGUCUACCUCCCCUGCCUCCAGAAUAUUCUGGGGGUCAUCCUUUUUCUGCGCCUCACCUGGAUCGUCGGCUCUGCCGGCAUCCUGGAGUCCCUGGCCAUUGUCGGCUUGUGCUGCUCUUGUACCAUGCUGACAGCCAUAUCCAUGAGUGCAAUCGCUACCAAUGGUGUUGUGCCAGCUGGUGGCUCCUACUAUAUGAUUUCCAGAUCUCUCGGCCCAGAGUUUGGAGGCGCUGUAGGUCUCUGUUUCUACCUGGGGACAACAUUUGCCGGUUCCAUGUACAUCCUGGGUACUAUCGAGAUUCUUCUGACCUACAUCGUGCCUAAAGCAGCCAUCUUUGUGGCCGAGAAAAAGGAGGAUGAGGGGGAUGCCCUGUUGAAUAACAUGCGUGUUUAUGGCACGUGCUGCCUCGCACUGAUGGCCGUGGUCGUCUUCGUUGGAGUCAAAUAUGUCAACAAAUUAGCCUUAGUGUUUCUGGCCUGUGUGAUUCUUUCAAUCCUCUCCAUAUACGCUGGAGUCAUUAAGACCAUCUUUGAGCCACCAGACUUUCCUGUUUGUAUGUUGGGAAAUCGCACCCUGCAGAACCAGAACUUUGACAAGUGUCUUAAGACGGACGUCAUAGACAACCUGACCGUCACUACCAAGCUGUGGACGCUGUUUUGUGAGGGACCUGAGCUCAACGCCACCUGCAAUGACUACUUCUUUAAAAACAAUGUCACUGAGGUGCAGGGCAUCCCCGGGCUGACCAGUGGGGUCAUUUCAGAGAACAUGUGGUCAGUGUACGGUCCUCUGGAUAUGUUGGUAGAAAACAAGAACCUGGACUCUAAUGAUGGAAGUGACCCUGCCCAAGACAUGUACAUGCCAUAUGUAGUCAAUGAUAUCACCACCUUCUUCACGCUGCUGGUCGGCAUCUACUUCCCCUCUGUCACUGGUAUCAUGGCUGGUUCAAACCGGUCAGGUGACCUGAGGGACGCCCAGAAGUCCAUCCCCAUUGGGACCAUCCUGGCAAUUGCUACCACCUCCUUCAUCUAUGUCACCUGCGUGGUUCUGUUUGGUGCCUGCAUUGAAGGAGUUCUGCUUCGAGAUAAAUUUGGGGACUCGGUGAAAGGAAAUCUCGUCAUCGGCACGUUGUCGUGGCCGUCACCCUGGGUGAUUGUGAUUGGCUCGUUCUUCUCCUGCUGCGGGGCGGGGCUGCAGAGUUUGACCGGCGCCCCUCGGCUGCUACAGGCCAUUGCACGAGAUGGCAUCGUACCUUUCUUACAGGUGUUUGGUCAUGGGAAAGCUAAUGGAGAGCCCACCUGGGCUCUGCUCCUCACUGCUGGGAUCUGUGAGAUCGGUAUCCUCAUCGCUUCCCUGGACGCCGUGGCUCCUAUCCUCUCCAUGUUUUUCCUCAUGUGCUACCUGUUUGUCAACCUGGCCUGUGCUGUCCAGACCCUGCUGCGAACACCAAACUGGAGACCGCGCUUCAAAUUCUACCACUGGGCUCUGUCAUUCCUGGGAAUGAGCUUGUGUCUUGCCAUAAUGUUCAUCUCCUCCUGGUAUUAUGCCAUUGUUGCCAUGGCAAUCGCUGGAUGCAUCUACAAAUACAUUGAAUACAGAGGGGCGGAGAAGGAAUGGGGUGAUGGGAUCCAUGGUCUGUCCCUGAACGCAGCACGAUACGCCCUCAUUCGGCUCGAGGAGGCUCCGCCACACACCAAGAACUGGAGGCCUCAGUUGUUGGUGCUCUUGAACAUGGACUCGGAUCCAGGAGUGAAACACCCUCGUCUGCUCUCCCUCACCACGCAGAUGAAGGCAGGAAAAGGCCUGACAAUAGUGGGGAACGUUUUAGAGGGAACUUAUCUCACUAAAGACGCAGAGGCCAAGAUGGCUGAGCAGAACAUCAAGUCUGCCAUGUCAGCAGAGCGGACCAAGGGUUUCUGUCACGUUGUGGUGUCUUCAAACCUCAGAGACGGCAUGUCGCACCUCAUUCAGUCUGCAGGACUGGGAGGCAUGAAGCACAACACAGUCCUCAUGGCCUGGCCUGGGAACUGGAAGCAGUCCAAUGACCCACAAUCAUGGAAGAAUUUUAUAGAGACAGUGCGGGAGACCACAGCUGCCCAUCAGGCCUUACUUGUGGCUAAGAAUGUAGACAGUUUCCCCACCAACCAGGACCGCCUGGGGGAGGGCACCAUCGAUGUGUGGUGGGUGGUCCAUGAUGGAGGCCUACUCAUGCUGCUGCCUUUCCUGCUUCGCCAGCACAAGGUGUGGAGGAAGUGUAAGAUGCGCAUCUUCACUGUGGCCCAGAUGGACGACAACAGUAUACAGAUGAAGAAGGAUUUGCAGAUGUUCAUGUACCAGCUGCGAUUGGAUGCAGAGGUGGAAGUAGUGGAGAUGCAAGACAACGACAUCUCAGCGUUUACCUAUGAGAAGACACUGGUGAUGGAGCAGAGGACUCAGAUGCUGAAACAGAUGCAUCUGUCCAGGACUGAGAGGGAAAGAGAGAUUCAGAGUAUCACCGAUGAAUCGCGUAGUUCAAUCCGGAGGAAGAACCAAGGUGCUGCCGAGAGCACAAGCCUCAGCCAGCCGUCCUCAGCGGUGGAGGACAGUCAGGAGGACGAGGCUCAACUCAUUCAUGACAGAAACACAGCAUCUCACGCCGCGAUUAACGACAAGGGCGACGACGCCGGGCCCGAGCACGUUCACAUGACCUGGACGAAGGAAAAGCUGUUCAUGGAGCGCAGUCGUAACCGCGAGUCCAACACCAACACAGUCGUGCGCGACCUGUUUAACAUGAAACCAGAGUGGGAGAGCCUGAACCAGUCUAACGUCCGUCGCAUGCACACAGCGGUCAAGCUGAACGAGGUGGUGGUGAACAAAUCACAGGGAGCUCACCUGGUUCUGCUCAACAUGCCUGGACCCCCGAAGAACAGAGGAGGAGACGAGAACUACAUGGAGUUCCUGGAGGUUCUCCUCGAAGGUCUGAACCGGGUCCUUUUAGUGCGAGGAGGUGGUAGUGAGGUCAUCACCAUCUACUCUUAAAAAAAAAAAAAACUCUUACACCCCACACUGCACACAUGGUAUGUUGCCAUGGAUACCAGUCAGCGGGCAUUCUUGGGGAAGAAUCCAAAUUGUUGUUUUUUUUGUUUUUUUAUGAAGGGCAGGGUUGUUAGAAGGCUGGACCACUUGUGAUUAAGACAUGGUCUGAAGGACCUGAGGUUAAAGGGAAGAGCUGCUGACAGACAGACAGACAGACAGACAGACAGACAGGGCAAACACAAGUCUGAGUCCAUGCUGGGCCACAAAACACCUGCACAUGGAAAAUAGAGCAUAGAGACACUUUAUACUUUUCAUUUAUCGCUGAGAAAUGUCAUUUCUGUUCUGUUACAUUUUCACGUUCUUUCCCUCUUGUGUUGAUGUUGUCGAGUUACUGGCACGCGGUGCUUAAAGAACAAGUGAGGGGCCAUUUACAUUUAAACAAAGUAACCAAAAAAACACACAAAAAAGGUGCACAACAAUCCUGCUGCAAAAAUCUCACUCAAAACUACAUGCUUUUAUUAUAUUAUAUAUAUAUAUAUAUCUCACAUAGUCUGCCAAGGUAAAGGGUCUGCAUCUGCAUUUGCACUCAGAUGUUUCCAUUUGAAAAUGGCUUCUCACUGGUUCUGGUUGUAGUGACUGUAAAGCUGUAGCGUUUAUUGCCUUGUAGUUAUUUAGUGAAGGAUUCACCACAUCAGUCGUUUCCUCACAGAAUGCUGUUCUUUCAACAAGGGGAAAAAAAGCCAUAGUUAAUAUUGUAGAACUCUGUAUGAGCUGUCUGAAAUAAUGCUCAUUUAACAGUGACAACAGACACAUUUUAAACCACAUUUUUUAAGUGUGAAAGCACAACUGACACACACACACAUGUUUGUGCAAUUCAAACUUCUCUCUCACGGUUUCCUCCCAAAGAAACAAACUAACGGUGACCUCUGACUUUUUAAACCACCGGUUCUCUCAGCACUUUUUCAGCUCUGUGGCUACUGUGAUGCUUCCUCUUGUUCGAUGCGUUACUACAUUCAUGCAGACAACAGUCACUUCCACAAUAUUUAAUGCUCAUGUUUUUAUAGUAAUUUUAGGCCCAGACUGAGCAGAUGAUUUAUGAGCAUGUGUGGGAGAAAAGUGCCAAAAUGACGACAAAAGGAACUGUGGAAGUAUAAGCGCUUCUGCUUCUGGACGUAAUUGUAGCGACUCCUUUUUACAUGUGUUGUCUUUAAAUCGUUAUUUAUGAUCGCGCUUUUUAUUUUCUGCCAUAAUUAAUGAAGACUGCGGAAAAUUGGCAAACAUUUCAGCUCCAUCACACUUGCUUCUGCGUUCAGUUGGAGGCAAGAAGGGAAAACAGGGUUUUUUUACCUCCACAGUUUCUUUUUUAAACUAGUUGUGCAGUAUUUUGUGAAGCAGAAAGUCACACGUCCCUGCUGCUGUUAGUGGAGCGAGGUGUGAACUUCUGAUUCUCAGUGACGCAGCAUCUCUGUCUUUGCUGUGUUUUAUUCAGUUGUCAAUGAUGUAACUAUGUAGCGCUGUUCUCUAUAGUGUUUGUUUCAGUUUAACUCGUCUGUUACUCUAAGUGUUCAAUUCUUUUUGGUGUGAUUUCUGCAGAAAGGAGGCAGAGAGAGUGGGAGAAGAGGUUAUGUGAGAAGACGGCAGCAUAUAAGUCUUUUUGUGGGUCUCUUUUUUAUUAUUAUUAUUAUUAUUAUUAUUAUUAUUAUUAUUUUGUGAAAACGCAGCACACAGGACUGAAGACUCCCCAUGAAACAGUGACGCCCAGGUGUGGAAGUAUUGAGAAACAUGAGUGAGGCCACCAACUUCAGAACAAGUGGUUUCAAUAUUUGCACCAUAUGAAGUUCAAACUAUUUUACCCCAUACACAAAAAAAGUACGUCAUUUUUGCAUAAAUAAAACUAAAUUUUGUAUAGUUUUGUCAUGUUUGAAAGACCUGAAGUAAUAAAGAUAAAUGAUUACACAAAAUGUGGUUACGGAGCUAAAUAGCAGUAGCUGUACAUAAGUGAUAUAAUACAGGAAAUGGUAAAUAACAAUGAAAAAUAUCUAAUGUUUGAAGUUACUGGAGAAAGUUAUCUACCUCAAGUUAUUACUGAGGCUUGGCUGAAGGUUUAAAAAAACAAACAAAAAAAACUGUUCUGUCACAUGACAUCGCUCUUUCAGGACUGAUGUUACAUUUGGACUCAUGAUAGGAAUAAAAUAAAGCCUUUGCUAUACGAGAGGACCAGCAGAGUGUGUGUGUGUGUGUGUGUGUGUGCGUGCAUGUAUGUACGUGUGUAUGUGUGUGUGUGUGUGUGUGCAGCAUUAUCAGAAAGGGGGGUCCUCAACAUGCUGAAGGGACCUGGCUGUGUCCUCACAACUAUGGCAAAACACGUGUGUGUGUGUGUGUUCCUGUGUAUACCACUGUGUUGUCCUCACAGGAUGGAGCAGGAAGUCGCUUGCGGGCGCACAUAGAGAAGGUAUAGCCCUGUUAAUUGUAUGUGUGCCUCUGAGUAAUUAUUAAAAGUGCUGAAAUAAACUAAUCAGGUCUG